AUGGAUCAGCUCUCCAAUGACUACUCGAAAGUGGUUUUGCCACCGGUACAGGAGGUGCUCAAUCCAUGCACAACUACUACACCCACCCAAUUGUACACGGUCACUAUCACCCAUGAAUCGCAAACGCCUCCCUUCCGCACGACCGAUAGGUGUACUGAGACAAAUGCGUACACCGGUGCCAAUGUGAACACAAGCGAACGCAUCAAACGACCAAUGAAUGCAUUUAUGGUGUGGUCUCGGUCACAACGUAAACGGCUGGCUCUGGAAAAUCCAAAAUUGCACAAUUCGGAAAUCAGCAAACAAUUGGGCUCCAUGUGGAAAGCACUGACUGAAUUGGAUAAAAGUCCAUUUGUGGAAGAAGCUAAUCGACUACGGGAUUGUCAUAUGCGACGCUAUCCGGAUUACAAGUAUCGACCGCGUCGGAAGCAGCAUUCGGCCAAAAGUCGAACUAAACCAUCACGACAACCACCUAAAUUACGUCUACGUCGAGCUCCGAUCAUCCAUUCACAACCAGUCACACUGCCCUUACCUAUUCAGCGGCCACAACAAUCACAACCACCGAUGGUCUCGACGCUUGAUGGAGCCUUGAAUUCAACAGGGCCCACGUUACGGUCUGUUCUACCUUCUAUUGUCCUUGAUUGUACUCUCAGUCAGCCAAUGGUUCAAGGUUUGGACAUUUUAGAUAAUCAACCAGUUCCUGAAGCGAAAACAAUCAUAAACACUCAAACAUCAAACGAUUCUGCAAAACAUGAUCCCGGGAUGCUUACCACAUGGUCCAUACCGUCCGAGAACACAAUCCGGCUACCCCCAAAUAACAGUAUUUCUGUGGCUGACGUGCCCGUACCUCUUCCAGUUCUAUGGUCUUCACCGUCUCAACUAAACGGUCAACACAAUCGCCAGGACUCAUCGUCUGACUCCUAUGCAGAAACCGAUGAGUUGCUUAAAACAGAUUUAUCACUUCAUCCCUUAAUGACCAGAAGAUGGUCCCCCAUAUCUAUCACGUUUCGAUCUAUCAGCCCGAAACUAGAUGAGCCAAACAUUUUGGAUUUGCAGAAUAUUUUGUGA